AUGGGUGUUAAGCUUGAGAAAGAUCCUGAAGAAGAAGCAGUUGAUCCUACUGAAUAUAGAAGAAUGGUUGGGAGCCUAAGGUACUUGUGUAAUACGAGGCCAUAUAUUAGCUAUAGUGUGGGAGUGGUCAACAGAUACAUGCAGAAUCCUAGAGUUUCUCAUCUGAAUGCUAUUAAGAGAAUCUUGAUAUAUCUAAAAGGUACCACCAAGUAUGGAAUUGUGUUGCCUAAAGGUGGAUCAAGAGGAGAGGUGGAGUCAUUGCUUACUCAGACUCAGAUUGGUGUGGAGACAAGGAUUGAAGUUGAAGGAAAGGUCAGACUGCUUGUUGACAACAAGUCAGUCAUUGACCUGACUAAGCAUCCUGCAUCACAUGGUAGGAGCAAACACAUCGAGACACGUUUUCAUUUCAUCAGAGAACAAGUCAGCAAAGGGAAGCUAGAGUGGUAUAGUGUAGAUCCGAAGACCAUACUGCAGAUAUACUCACUAAAGCGUUGA